AUAGCAACAACAAAUACACAAUUGAAUAAAUCAAUAAAACGGAAACUGAAACGUGAGAGGGAGCUGCGCAGAAGAGAAAAGCCACCAAACGACCAACGCAUAGAAGAAAACAAGCCAUGCCGCACAACAACCAACCAUCUCCCGGGGACGAUCAACUGGGACCCCCCAAGGCAGACUUUAGUGCACCGCCGCCGUACGAGGCUAACGCGGUCCAUGGCCAGCAGGUGGUACUGCCGGCUCAGAUGCCCUCGCUGGCCUUGGCCACGCCCGAACCCGGUCAGAUGCAGAUUCCCAUGCAGAUGCAAGUGCAGCUGCCGGGUCAGCCGGAGAUGAUUAAUGGACAACUAACGCAGGAGCUGCACGGGAAGCUGCCCACCUACGAGGAGGUGCAAAUGGAGAAGUCACUGAACGGAGAGCUGCCGCCCGCCUUUCUGACAUUGCCCUCGUCCCAGCAGUUGCCGCCGCCGCCGAAUCCUCUGCUGCCGCCGAAUCCGCUGCGCGACGGUGCCGCAGCCGUGCGAUCCGCUCAGCCAGCGCUGACAUUUAUCGCCAUCGAUGCCAGCGAUCCGGAGAAUAGUCUCUCCACAACGGACAAUUUGCUGGGAACGGACAUUAUGUUCAUAACGGCAUUCAUUGUGGCAUUCCUGUUCAACUGGAUAGGAUUCCUGAUGCUCACCUGUUUCUGUCACACAAUCGCCGCCCGGUAUGGAGCCCUAUCCGGCUUUGGUUUAUCGUUGGCCAAGUGGACACUGAUUGUGAAGCAUUCAACGGACUUGGCUUCGCACGAGAACUCUUGGCUGUGGUGGCUUAUCUGCGCUUUUGGCUUCCUAAUCAGCAUACGCGCCCUCAUCCAGUAUGUGAGCAUCAAGCGAUCGUGGCGGUUGCUCUCCGCCUCGGCCCAGGAGAGGCUGCUUUUCUUCUACUAGGUGGUGCGCCUUUCCAGAGCGGCUGCCAAUAUGUAAAUACGUCGAGGGCGGCUCUAGGAAGCUACGAAUCUAAACCGAUCCCAGAAGAUCCCUAGAAAUCCCUAGAAACUGCACACACACACACACACACAUACACAAACCAAAAUCAAUGCAAACUCGCGGAACCUAUAAAGUUUGGAAAAGAAACUUAAGGUGUGUAGAGGAAAGUGAUUAAAUGUAUUAGGCAGAAAUAUUUUGUCUUUAAAUUCACAAUUUUAGCAUAUUUAAAAGGAAUUGUUUUCCAUUUGAAUUUAUGGGAACCCCUGUUCCUUUUCAGUCAGUUUUUAGAUAAUGUAUUAGAAUUCUUAAAGCACAUUUUUUGCGAGUCUUUUAGUAAUCCUUUCCUUUCCCGAAGCAUGUCGUAUUUUUGGGUGAGUGUUUUUCUCUAGUUACUAUUGUUUAAUAGCGCAACUUAGUUCACAAAUCCGGCAAAACUGUAGCAUAAAAUAAUGUUAACUAAUGUGUGGAGAGGCGGUUUUAGAGGCACCGCCCUUAAAUCCAUUCUAAUUGUAAAUGUAUGUGAAUGUGUAUGGUUAAAUCUAUCACUUUUAGUAGAUGCCCCCAUCCCAAGUCACCCCCUUAUAAAAAAAAACCCCUGCACUUGAAACAAAGACACAAAAGAAACACCAAAAAAAACAAAUACUUGGAUCGAGAAGUAAUGAAAGGUCGUAGGAGAAAGAUAUGCCACACACACAUAUUUUUGUUGUUGAGCCUACCCUUACGCUGUGGUACUUAAUUAAUUAACUACACAAAAGCCAGCAGUAAUACACAAAAUGGAAAAAAAACACAACUAUUGCUAGUACAUAUAAUUAUUGCCUAUUAUAAUGUUUACAAUUAAUAUGUUUAAUCCCUUUGUAUGUAAAUCAAAUCGAUGCAUAAUGCAUUGCAAAAGGGCGCAGAGAUCUGCGUCAGUUUUACGCAAAUUAAAUAAAAUCGAAUGAUGCCAUUCAACAAAA